AUGGGCCUGAAGCGCGGUAGAAGAAAUGCUGUGGCAGUUAGGACGUGCAGAUCCAGCAGCUCCUCAUGGACUGCUUGCUCAAAAAAGAAAGGAGGUGCAGGAUUCAAGGGAUGCUCUGCUGGCAUCUGCAUGCUAGCACUUGGGGUGUCUUGUAGAGUGGAAAGUUAUGUGGCUUGGGAGCCCAUGGUGCGCCCGCCUGCUGUGUCCCCAUCAUCACGACCACUCAUUCCGUUGCCGCUUCUGGCCGUCUGCGCCCUGGACACUGCAGUCGAAUGUAUGGCGCGGUGCACCACUUGUUGA